AUGGCAGAGCAAGUUGUAAGAGACGUUGAUGUUAGGUCCGUUUGCAGUGACUUUUUGUACGAUGGAUCGUGUAGCAGGAUGAUGUGUCCAAGAACACAUAUUGGAAAAUCCAUCUUUUACAUGGACAGCCACUGUCAUCUGGAUUUGUUGACCACAUGGGACAAGUGCAGUGGUUUUCAGUUUGAUAAGUUGGUUCUUCCUUCUAACUUUGCAUUUCCAAGAUUGCAUUAUCUUUUGCAUGAUUUGCUGAAACCAGAACAGUUGAUGAGAAAGAAGAUCUUUUCGACUGUUGGUUGCCAUCCCAAGAAGUUCAGAGAGUUCAAUAUGUCAGUGCUACAUGAGAUUGAAUGUUUGGUAUUGAAAGAGUCAGGUGUAGUAGCAAUCGGGGAGUGUGGACUUGAUUUUAGUAAACAUGUUCAGUCAUUUGAGGUAGAGAGACAAAAGCAGGCUUUUGGGGCGCAGAUGAGAUUGGCGGCUGGUAAGAAUGUGCCAAUUGUCAUCCACUGUCGCGAUGCAGAGGAAAUUACGUUUGAGAUGAUCCACCAAUACUUGGACACGCAACAUAAGAUACAUUUGCAUUGUUAUACAGGAUCCGUCAGCGUAAUGAAUAGAUUUAUAAGCUCGUUCAAAAACUUGAAAACUGGCCUGACUGAUAUCAUUACUAAACAUGAUGUUAGUAGUGAUGUUAUUAACAUAGUGAGGAACGUGCCGCUAGACCGUCUUUUGUUGGAAACUGACAGUCCCCAUUUCGUGCCUGGCAAUAACUACGGUGGUAGACUCAGUACAAUGUUUUCUCAUCCUGGCCAAGCCAUUAAUGUUGCUGUGAAGUUUCAUCAAAUGAACAAUCUUAAACUGAAAACUGUGCUUAACAUCUCUACAUCUAAUUGUAAAUAUAUGUAUGAUCUUUGA